AUGACUACCGACCAGUUACAAGCAGAACAAGAUUCUGUGAUUGAAGAAUAUCUUAAUGAGUUGGAUCGGUAUGCAGUAAGCAGGGCAGCAAGUGGCAAGAGUUUUGUAAAUGCAUUUUUAGAUCUUGGACUGGCAAAUUCGCGGGCCCGAAGUGCGCUAGACCGGUAUUCCAUUGAUGAGAGAGAAACCGAUGCUGGAUUAGUUAUUGAAAUUUCGGAAAAAGAACAGCUAUCUUUAAAACAAGAAGAUGAUACGAAAUCAAAGCCUAUUGUUGCUGCUGGUGGGUUUUCAAGUGGGUAUGCUGGCACAUUGAUGCAGGCACAGACCGGGUUUCGAGAAGCUGUGACUGAAGCCCUGAAAGCACAUGCUAUAGAGGUCCGACUGCAGGAGCUUGAGAAACGUGUAUCAGCUGUUAUGAAGGACCAGAAACAAGAAGAGCAGAAAUCAACAGAACCAUGA